UUAGAUCGCUUUGGGAAACCGACGUUGAAACAGUUGAAUGUUCAAAAUGAAAUUUCUUCUCAGCAUUUACCUAACUCUGCUGAUGGCAGCACAGAUUUCAUGGGCUGCUCCAGUAGAGACUUCCAGUACCGAUGUAGUAUCGGCCCCUGAAACCCCCACCCAUGACAAACGUUAUCAAUUGUUCGACUCUCUUCUGUUGAUGGCGAAUAAUAUUAUCGCCUCGGAAAACAUGGCCAAAUCUUCUAUAUAUGCCAAAGUGCUAAAAGACUAUUCUGCCUGGUUGGAGGAUAAGAAACCAAAAUUGUCACCUAAAAAAUUGCCAGUCUAUGAGGAAAUGAAAGGAAAACUACAAGCUUAUGUUACAACGUCGGAAGCCUCUGAAAAUAAUCCCACAAAUUGCACGCUACGUCAGCAGGCCUAUACGCUACUGUUCGACAUUGCACAUAUCCGAAAUGUCUUGCGACGACAAGAAGUCAAUGAAAUCUUUCUGAGGCAUACAGAGACAUCGCAGGAUGCCAAAUUUGAAGAAAUCAAAAAGAAUUUGCUGGAGAAUGAUUUGCCUUCUAUGGCGCAUCAAGUGGAAAAUUUCAUCGCCAGCCUGGAUGCAGUUGGCCGGAAAGAAAACCAAGAUCUUAUUAAUUGGUUUAAUGUUCUGCAAACCAAAACUACGGACGAAGACAAGCUUGCUUCUUUCUAUGCUAUUCUUGAAAUAUUCCUAAAUGAAAAUGGACGUGAAACGAAAGGCGGACAUGUCAAUUGUCGUUUAACGGUUUUCCGAACAAGUUAUGAGCAAAUUGUGCAGGGGGUGCUCAAUACGUACUUCACAGACCUAAAUCAGAACGAUGAGGAAUAGCUCCUAAACAACUGAUUACUUUUUCAGCGAUCUUCAAUAAAAGUCUUUAAAUUUUAAAAUAACCUUUCAAAGUACCCCCUAUUAACCUGGGGUUUCAAGGAAUAAACGUAGAUUUAAAAAAAUCAAGGAUUUUCUCAAA